CUUAAAGAGCCUCAGGGUGACUUGACGCCUCGAGGCAGCUGCUUGGAGCUCCAGACACCUGUUGCCACGGAAACAGCACCGGCGGGAAAAUUACCAACAAAUCAGAAACCCGCUGCCUGGCCAGGUGUUUCCUGUCAAAGAUAGUCAUGUCAUCUACAGUGCUCCUCAGUCUGCUCCGAUGUGGUCGCUCCACCAUCGCAAGACAAACCUUCCUCACCGCACGCUCCUCGCCGGAAACCUCCACAGCUUCUGGGCAGGUCCGUGGGGCAUUGUUUGGGGUGGUGGGUGUACGACGGGCCAGCGGGUCAGUCCGCUUUGACAGUGACGGCAGCGGUCGGCCAAUCACCUGGGACUCAUUUGGUAUCUGGGACAACAGGAUAGAAGAACCAGUGCUGCUGCCCUCCAGCAUCAGAUAUGGAAAACCCAUUCCACAGGUCAGUCUGUCCCGGGUUGGCAGUGCGUCUAUUUUGGGUCUCAGGAAGCAAAACGAGGACCGUCUCCGUGUCGCCCGUAUCCAUGACAACCUUCUUUACUUUGCCGUGUUUGAUGGCCACGGCGGCCCGCACGCUGCUGACUACUGCUACACCUUCAUGGAGAAGCAUAUCAGAGAUGCUUUGGAGGAGGACGAUGAUCUGGAGAAGGUUUUAAAGAAAGCCUUUUUAGAUGCCGACAAGGCGCUACACACACAUCUCAGCUACUUCAACAAUGCUUCCUUCCUGACAGCUGGCACAACGGCGACGGUUGCUAUGCUACGUGAUGGGGUUGAGCUGGUGGUCGGUAGCGUCGGUGAUAGCCGGGCAAUGGUGUGCAGGAAGGGACAAGCCAACAAGCUCACCAAAGAUCACACACCUGACCGCAAGGACGAGCUACACCGGAUCCAGAGGUUCGGUGGCUUUGUGACGUGGAACAGUGUUGGUCAAGCUAACGUUAAUGGACGGCUCGCCAUGACUCGCAGCAUCGGAGACUUCCACCUAAAAACCAGCGGCGUCAUCGCUGAGCCCGACACACAGCGACUCACCGUCCAGCACGCCAACGACUCCUUCCUGGCUUUGACCACCGACGGCAUAAACUUCCUGCUGAGUGACCAGGAGAUCUGCGAUGUCAUCAAACAGUGCCCAGACCCCACAGAGGCUGCUGAUGUCAUUGCUCAGCAGGCGUUGCAGUACGGCUCGGAGGACAACUCCACCAUCGUCAUCGUCCCUUUCGGAGCCUGGGGAAAACAUCAGAGCUCUACCGCCAUCUACAGCAUGAGCAGGAACUUCGCUUCAAGUGGGAGAUGGGCGUAGACGACAUCAAAACUUCAGUACUCUAAAACGGUCAACAAAAUGAGUUUGAGUUCAAAGAAACAAAUAUAUUCAAACACCAAAUUUACUGUAAACCACCCUGAAAUCAUCUGAUGAAACCUGCGACCCCCUCGAAUCCACAGUAAGAAUUUCCCAGUGUAUAUAGAGUGUAUAUUAAUAUGUUGUACAUACAGAGAGGUUUGCUGCAGUGUUUGUUAAUCUUCGCACUUUGUGUGUGCGUCUACACAUUUCACAUCUCUCUGUGUUUGCUUAUUCUGGAUUUGAACAGAAAUUCUAUCAUGUUACCAAAAGUGCCAAUUACACUACGAUACAUUCGCACCUGUAAGGUAACAUACAACGAUGACGUGAACGGAUUGUUCGCUGGUAUUGAACAUUUUGUUAGACAUUUGACUUGGGGAAGGGCUGAA